AAUAAUAAUAAUAAUAAUAAAAUAGAAAACCCAGUGAAUCAUUCUUAAACAAACCCAUAACAUAACGAGUCUCUUUCUCUUGUUCAAGGGGCGACAACGACGCUCAUAGAAGACAAUAGGGCCGCCGGCUCAAUAUUUCUUUCCCAUUCAGCUCAGUAAGAAUUUUUUAUUGGUUGUUUCUUUUAUUUUACUAACUAAUAUCGUAUCGUAUCAUAUCUGCAGAGAGAAGAGAAUCAUACGUAAUAAUCUUUUGCAGCAGUUUUGGUGGUGCUCUUUCCAAGGCUGGAAACGAAUAAAGUCGGUGUUUUGUUUUUAUUACUAGCUAGUAGUAUUCAACGCGUUUUCAUCUCCUCUAGUUAAUUACUUGUUCAUAAACACGUUUUCUUUAUUUUUCUUUGAAUUUCUCUUGUUGCUAAUAAGUAAACGGAGGUAUUUCAAGUUGUUUUGUUGAGAUAUAUAAUCCGUUUCAUUAUGAGAACAUAACCGUCUUCGUCCAUUCCUGAUUUCUUGGAGAUAAUUUAUCAGAUGGAAUCCGUUAAGCCUUCAGCAGUGACACCUCACAAGAGUAAAUUGGCUCGCACUUUAUCGAAGGUUCUUCGUGUUAAAUCAAUGACUGGAAUUGAUGGACUGAAGAAUGUUAAAGUUGAUGUUAAUCUCAACAAUGAAGAAGAGCUUAAGAAAAAAAUGGUCAUAGAAGAAGAAGAGCUUAAGAAAAAAAUGGUCAUAGAAGCUUUGCUUUCAAAAGUGUUUGCUAGCAUUUCAACUAUAAAAGCUUCAUAUGCUCAGCUGCAAUAUGCUCAAUCACCUUAUGACCCUGAUGGAAUUCAAGAUGCUGAUAAAUUUGUAGUCUCAGAGUUGAAGGUCUUAUCUGAGUUAAAGCAAUGUUGGUUCAGAAAACAAUUUGAUUUUGAUCCUUCACCGGAGGGAGCAAUAGUUGCAUCUGAAUCAAAGGAGCUGAAGAGUGUUAUUAAAACCUAUAGGAUAAUGGGGAAGAAGUUAGAAUCGCAGGCGCGGGUUAAAGACUCUGAGAUAAUGUUUCUUAAAGAAAAGUUAGAGGAAGCAAAUAAACAGAACAAGUCAAUUGAAAAGAGAUUAAAUCAAAGUGGUUUGUUAUCAUCCCUUGAUAAUCUUCAUAUCUCAGGACUAAGUCCUACACAUUUUAUUUCUGUUCUUCGACACACAGUUAAAUCGAUUAGAAGCUUUGUGAAGUUGUUGGUGAAUGAGAUGAGAUCCGCAGGUUGGGAUAUUGAUGCAUCAGUGAAUGCUAUUAUUAAAGAAAAUGUUGUUUAUUGGAAAGAAGAUCACAAGUGUUUUGCAAUUGAGUCUUUUGUUUGUAGGGAAAUGUUUGACUCUUUCAACUUCCCUAAUUUCAAUCUUCCUAAUGAGUCUAUUCCUCCUGAUAGAAACAAAACACAGUUUUUCUUUGCGAGGUUCAACGAGUUAAAAUCAGUGAAAGCAAAGGAGUUUCUUGCUUUCAAACCAAAAUCACCUUUUGCAAAGUUUUGCAAGGUAAAAUACUUGAGACUAGUUCACCCCAAAAUGGAAGCAUCUUUUUUUGGUGACAUGAAACAAAGAACCAACAUGGUGAAUAGUGGAGAAUUUCCUGAUGACAACAAGUUGUUCACAUUAUUUUGUGAGAUGGCUAAGAGGGUAUGGUUGUUGCAUUGUUUAGCAUUUUCUUUUGAGCCUCAAGUUGAAAUAUUUCAAAUAGGAAAAGGAUGUAGAUUCUCUGAUGUGUACAUGGAGAGUGUUGUAAAUGUAAAUGCAAAUGAUGAUGAUGAUGAUGAAGUAGCAGCAACACUAGCAGUGGAAUCUGAGCCACAAGUUUGUUUCACAGUAGUUCCAGGUUUUAAGAUAGGUAAAACUGUUUUACAGUGCCAAGUUUACCUCUCACAGUUAUUACAACAACAAAGGUAGACAAUGUUUUGAAUGGGAAGGACAUGAUGCUCUGUGAUGUGGGUGGGGACUGAGUCAGCUAUUGUAUGUAUGGUUGUCCAUUUUCAAAAGAAAAAGGCAUGAAUCUUUGCAUUGGGAACCGUCCUUUUCUUCAGAAUAUUUUUUUUCUUCUUAUUUUUAUUUAGCAGUUUAAUCAGAAGACAUUACCCAAAGUUUUGUUGAUAUUAGGCCAGUGGCAGGAACUGUUUAGUUGUUAUGGCAUCUUUACCUGAUAUUGCAUGUUAUGUACAUAAUAAUGUUAAAAGUAGUAGGUGGUGAUUGUUGUCUCUUCGUUUCA